AUGUCUUCGACUUCUAAUCUCGGCAACACAGCAGUCUCUGAUGAACCUCGCACAGUCAACGAUGAAGUCGAUGUAAUAUGGCACAACAUGUACGCCCCCAGCACUUUUUCCACCUGGCGCAGAUCCUCCAAUCGCUCGGUAGAAGAGUUACUCGUCGACCUUGCAAAGUUGGUGGAAAAGGGUGUUUUUACGGUUAUUAGUUUGAGUGUUAGCAAGGCUUCUUUCGUUGCUGUUGUGGGUUGUGAGAAGAGCUGGGAUGAGAUCAAGGAUGAUCUUUUUGCGGCGACGAGAUAG